AUGCCGACCCCGAGUGACAACCGCCCAACUUCGAUCGCCGAGGUGAUCUCCACCCGUACUUGCCCACCGGAACUGGACCGCGUUUCGGCCUGGAGAGACUCACCGGAUUCAACUGUCUCGGCCAGCGAGGCUCUUGAAGAUGCUCUCACACCGGCCAGUGCUACGGCGCCGUCCGUGCUGAGUCGUUCCGACGAUGGCAGCGCGCUCUUGGCGUCUGACCCGCUGCAAGUGGAGAGCAAGAUACCCGGCGCGACGGACGAUGAGACUACACGCGAGCGAUCUAGUUCGCCCGCGGAGCUAUGUGCUCGCAGUCGGUCGCCCGUCAUGCCGCCAAACUCUUCGCUGCUGCGGUAUGAAUUUUCCAAUGUUCGGCUUCUGCCAAACCAUUCGUCUUCCUAUCUCCGCUCCGGGAGCAGAUUCGUCGGCACACAAAUGUCUGACCAACAGGUGUAUAAAGUUGACGUGGAAAUCAAGCACGUGGACAUGGCCGAGUCCUAUCUUUGCGGCUAUCUUCGCAUUCAAGGCCUUACGGAGGAUCACCCUACCCUGACCACAUUCUUUGAAGGAGAGAUCAUUGGUACUAAACACACGUUCCAGACUCGCAAUGAGGAAUGGGGCGCCAACGAGAAGACGGAUAUCCACCACUGGUCCCGUUUCCCCGCUUGGAAACCACUUGCCAAACAGGCGAAACGCACUGAUUUCACAUACCGCAACUUUGCUCAACGUGAGCACGUGUUCAUGAGAUGGAAGGAAUAUUUCCUUGUUCCGGACCAUCGGGUGCGAACCAUCUCUGGUGCCAGCUUCGAGGGAUUCUACUAUAUCUGUUUCAAUCAGAUUGAGGGAUCGGUCAGCGGCGUUUAUUUCCAUGCGAAGAGCGAGCGGUUCCAACAGCUUGAGUUGAAGCAUGUCGAAGAUCGAGGAUGUGCGCCAGCAGUCGAGUUCCGCUAA